AUGAACAGCGAACUCACCAAAUUGACUAAUCAAGUCUGUAAGAAAUGGAAAUCUGUUGGCGAUGUAGUUACUAAACCAAAUUGUCACCAGGUGGACUGGAAAGCUAUCAAGCACACACCUCAAUACCUCAAACUGAAAAUCAAAUAUGCCGGCGUUUCAUACACAGUAGAUGAAGAUUUUGAUAAGCUAGAAAACAUCCUUAAGAGUCAAAGUGUUUCAUUAAAGAAACUCAUUGAGCAAACUAAACAAUUCACUUCGAGCAUGGUGGAUACCAUUCAAAAUGCUAUUGCUGUGAGCAAAUGUUUCCAUGAUACAAUCGACCCUUGUAGCAAUGCUCAUAGCAAUGUUCCAAUCUUUGGCGACACUUAUGACAAAUGGGCAAAUAUGGUCAAGUACAAACAACUGGUUCAAGCAAUUAGUAUAGAAUCCGAAAUCGUGUAUUUGAACAACGGUACCUUGAAACAAUUGGAACUCUUGAACAACCAAAUUUUGAAACAAGUGUUUAAGAUGAUACGCGAGCGCCGUUACGCGGCUUUAGAUUGUGACAAAUUGUCUAAUGAACACAAGACGCUUGCGGAAAAGCAAUCAAACAUUGGUGGUGCUGACCAACUUAGCUCCAGAGAGACUAGUCAUAUUUUUGCAAUAGGGAGAAAACUAUUUGAUGCAAAGAAGAAAUACAACUAUUAUAAUGCGUUGUUAAAGAAGGAACUUCCCAGUUUGAUACUGCUUAUAAAACCAAUCAUCAGCUAUGCCACAACGGAUUUGUAUCUUCUUCAUUUAAACUAUUGUUACAGUUGGAUUAUAAAAUUGAACAAUAUUCCAUACAAGGAUGUACCAAUGGAAAAGUUGUUGCGAGACAGUGAAACUAAGCAAGUGGAGCUUGAUGCAGAGGUUAGGGGGUUGAAAUUAUUUACACCAAUGCAAAAAGAUGGCCACACUGUUUGUACUCAGACAAAUGCAUCGUGGUCAUGCAUUGCAUUGUAUGACUAUGAUGGAUUACAAGACGAUGACCUAACAUUCAAAAGAAAUGAUACCAUAAAAAUAAUAGCAAAAGAUAACGAUAACUGGUGGAAAGGUGAGGUUAAAGGUAAAGUAGGAUAUUUCCCAUCAAACUACGUCUUUUAA